AUGUCGUCGUCGGCGUCUUUGUUAUUGGCAAAGCGCGCCGACGAAUCGCGAAUCGACCCAACGGCCGACCAGAGGACGCUCAUCAUCGUCGCGUGCGUCUAUGCCGUCGUGAUCGUGCUCUUGUGGAACAUCCCCUACCUCAAGAUGAUCAUCUACCCAUUCAAGCUCCUCACCGUCGGCUUUCACGAGUUCGGACACGCGUUCAUGGGUGUGCUGACGUGCGCACACAUUGAAUCGAUCCAUCUUGACCCCAACGAGGGCGGCGCGACCCGCAUGCGAGGCGGAAUUCCCUGGCUGACGCUACCCGCCGGCUACCUCGGCUCGUCGCUGAUUGGGGCCGCCAUGAUUGCCACGUCUUUCGACAUUCGGGCCGCAAAGGUCAUGACUCUCAUCAUUGCCGUCUUCUUCCUCCUGACCCUGUGGUGGGCGAGAAAGGAUUGGCUCACAUGGGUCCUCUUGCUCUGCAUGGCUGGCUUGAUUGUCGCUUUCUGGUUCAUCGCCCACGGCGUCGCUCUCCAGUACCUCGUCCUCUUCAUCGGUGUCAUGUCGUGCUUGUACUCUGUGUGGGACAUCUGCGACGAUCUCAUCUUCCGCAAAGUCAACGAGUCCGAUGCCACGGCCUUUGCCAAGGUCGUCGGCUGCUGCCCUCCGCAGGUCUGGGGCGUCUUCUGGCUCGCCAUCUCCCUCGUCUUUUUCGCAGCGGGCAUCAUCAUCGGAAUCGUCGCCUUCAAGACGCCGCUCAAGCAGCAGCAGGCCGACAAGUUCCUUGACACUUAA